AUGCAUGAGAUCUCAAAAAAAGACUCAAGAUUGACUAUCCCCAUCAUAGACCUACAAGACAUAAAAAUAAAUUCAUCCCUACGUGCUGAAGUAGUUGACAAGAUUCGAAGUGCAUGUCAGAAAUGGGGAUUUUUUCAGGUGAUCAAUCAUGGUAUUGGUGUUGAAGUGUUGAACGAGAUUAUAGGUGAAAUUCGUAAAAUUCAUGAACAAGAUGCGGAGGUAAGGAAAACCUUUUACUCCAGAGAUAGUAAUAAGAAAGUCAGAUACUUCUCAAAUGUGAACCCUUUCAGAGGUAAAGGUGCUAACUGGAGAGAUACAAUUUCAUUUUUUCUUAUUCCUAAUCCUCCCAAUCCAAAAGAAAUACCAAUAAGCAUUGUGAUUGAAUACUCCAAGAAAGUAAGAACUUUGAGGGAUACAAUCUUUGAGUUAUUCUCAGAAGCACUUGGCCUUAAUCCUUCUUAUCUCAAAGAAUUGGAAUCUUUUAAUGGACAAUUUAUUUUGUGUCACUACUACCCUGCUUGCCCUGAACCUGAAUUAACUUUGGGCACUUCUAAGCACACUGAUAGUGACUUCAUGACAAUUCUUCUAGAAGAUCAGAUGGAUGGUCUUCAAGUUCUUCAUGAGAAUCAAUAG